GGGGGGGACCCCAAAAUCUGGGACCCCCAGGACAUCAUCCAGGAGCCCGAAAAUGGGGGGGACCCCGAAAUCUGUGACCCCCCAGGACAUCGAGGACCCCCCCUGGACAUGGAGGACCCCCCAAAUUUGGGACAUCAGAGACCCCCCCAUGGACAUCGAGGACCCCAAAAAUGGGGGGGACACCCCAAAAAUGGGGGAGACCCCAAAAUCUGGGAGCCCGAAAAUGGGGGGGGGGACCCCGAAAUCUGUGACCCCCAGGACGUCGAGGACCCCCCGAAUUUGGGGCAUCAGAGACCCCCCCAUGGACAUCGAGGACCCCAAAAAUGGGGAGGGGGACCCCAAAAAUGGGGGGGACCCCGAAAUCUGGGAGCCUGAAAAUGGGGGGGACCCCAAAAUCUGGGACCCCCAGGACGUCGAGGACCCCCCCAAAUUUGGGGCAUCAGAGACCCCCCCGGACAUCAGAGACCCCCCCCAGGACAUCGAGGACCCCAAAAUGGGGGGGACCCCGAAAUCUGGGAGCCUGAAAAUGGGGGGGACCCCAAAAUCUGCGACCCCCCAGGACAUCGAGGACCCCCCAAAUUUGGGGCAUCAGAGACCCCCCCGGACAUCGAGGACCCCAAAAAUGGGGGGGACCCCAAAAUCUGGGAGCCAGAAAAUGGGGGGGACCCCGAAAUUUGCGACCCCCCCAGGACAUCGAGGACCCCCCAGGACAUGGAGGAUCCCCCAAAUUUGGGGCAUCAGAGACCCCCCCAUGGACAUCGAGGACCCCAAAAAUGGGGAGGGGACCCCAAAAAAUGGGGGGGACCCCAAAAUCUGGGACCCCCAGGACAUCAGUGGGGCCCCCCAGGACAUGGAGGAUACCCCAAAUUUGGGACAUCAGAGACCCCCCCCAGGACAUCGAGGACCCCAAAAAUGGGGGGGACACCCCCAAAAAUUGGGGAGGGGGACCCCGAAAUCCAGGAGCCCGAAAAUGGGGGGGACCCCGAAAUCU